AUGGGCCUUUUUAGCAAAGAAGAGAAGGUGGUUGAUCCACCUAACAAAACAAAGCGGAAGAUCUGCUGGGACGCUAGAGACAAAUUCUUUGACUGUCUUGUAAAGAACAAUAUCGACAACUCUUUGGAUCCAAAGAAGAAGGAUGAGGUUGAGACGCAGUGUGGAACCGAGAGGGCCGUAUUCGAAGAGAGCUGUGUAGCGUCAUGGUACAAAUACUUUCAAGAGAAGAGGUAUAAUGACAUUCGCAGACAGAAGUAUAUUGAGCAGCUAGAAGCUGAGGGUGCAAAGCCAUUGCCUAUCAAGCUAUCUGGAAAAUAA